AGCUACGGUAAAAGCGCAGUGUAUCUGAAAAUGGCGGCGAUGCCAGAGAUGCGCUCGGGUUUGGGAAAAUGAAGCGGAGAAGAAGCUUUUUCUUUCAGUAAACUGCUGUGAUUGCUAUAAAGAGGGAGGCGGUUUGCGUUCAAUUUGAAGUGGUAGGGGUGUCAACUGCUGGUCUCCAAAGGCCCAGAAAUGAUGAAGCUGAAGUCGAAUCAGACGCGGACAUACGACGGAGACGGUUAUAAAAAGCGGGCCGCCUGUCUCUGCUUCAAGAGUGAAAGCGAGGAGGAGGUUUUGCUGGUGAGCAGCAGCCGUCACCCUGAUAGGUGGAUUGUGCCUGGAGGAGGGAUGGAGCCGAAUGAGGAGCCCAAUGUCGCCGCUACGCGGGAGGUGUGUGAGGAGGCUGGUGUGAAAGGCACAUUGGGAAGAUUAGUAGGUGUGUUUGAGAACUGUGACAGAAAACAUAGAACUUAUGUUUACGUCCUUAUUGUAACUGAGGUUCUGGAGAACUGGGAAGACUCUGUAAAUAUUGGUAAGUUUUCCCAGAAGACCCAAGGAAGAAAAAGGGAAUGGUUCAAAAUAGAGGAUGCCAUUAAAGCCCUGCAGUUUCACAAGCCAGUUCAAGCUUCGUACUUUGAAUCUUUCCAGCAGAGCUGCCUCACCAGUAAUGGGACACCCUUGGUGGCAGCAUUAUCCGGCGACCGUAACCCCAGCUACAGCAUUAACCAGAGCUCUGUCUCUGGUAUCAGAUAACUAAUACAUAAACUUCUCUUGCUUAUUUUCAUUACCUCCCACCCCCCCAACCCCAACCCCUUACAGUUAAGUGCCAACCAGGCAAAAGUUAAGAGAAAAAAACCCUGAAAGAAUGAAACUUGUGUUAACUUUUUUAAUUGUACUUUAUUAUUUGCUAUUGCAUGAGCGAUUUUUCAUUCACUUGGUUCCAUGAAUUUAUUGGCAGUUACAAAAUGUAACUGCUUUCUACUGUUCUAAUGUACAAAGUGCACAUAGUACUUUGGGUCUGAGCUUUGAGAGAGAAAAAAAACCACAUUUUUCAUUAAUUUGUUAUCCUCAUCCAGAUAAUCUGUUUUGGGGGUUUCAAAAAUUGUAUGUGAGGAGUGGUGUGGGACUUUUGUUGCUCGUCAUGUUUGCAGCCUUUCGCUUUAUAAAUCACAAAAUUUGGAUUGCUGAUUGUUUCUAUACAGAUACUGCACUUGUAUCCCCAAUUGUUUCUAUGUAGAUAGUGCACUUACACCCCUCACUCAUCUCUGUAUCUCUCUUUCUCUCUCACCAUCAUGACAUAGCGGACUUGUUUGCCAUGUGUGAAUUUUCUCUCUCGUGCUCCUCUGUAGCCAUCAGGAGUCCAUCAUAAGCGGCAUAUGGCAUGUUUAGACCCCCGCCCUCCCAUCUUCAUUUAAAAUAGUGCCAUCCUUGUGCCUGCUCUGAGAGAAAACCCAAUGAUUAUUAAUACUGUUAACUUCUUUAUCUAUAAACAAGAGAAUAGGACUGGGACAUAGAAUCUUAAGGUAAAGCCCCAGCUGCCCCAUCUGGCUUGGCAGGGGCAGUCGUGGUCCAAAUAUGUGAAUGUUUUUAAGAUCUUGCUCUCGUCAUAAAACAUGGUCCACGUUGAACGUUUCUGCCUUCUCAUGUUAAAAUGCUGCAGUUAUGGUGAACAGUUGUUUACAAAAUUUGUAUUUUGAUUGUGAAACAAAGUGGCAUUUUUCUUUGGGGCAGAUACACAUUUUUAUCAGUACUGAAAAUGUUUAUUGAAAAUUUGCAUUUUGUGAUUUCCAUUUUAUGACAUUUUUACUUUUGUGGAAAUUUCACUAAAUGAUGAAGGUGGCAAGCUUACAAGUUGGUCAUAGAAAAUAUUCUGACGAACAAAUCAGCACUGACGUCUUAUCAGUAUUGAUCUCUCCCUGCCAAUUGGAACACCCUGUGAGAAUCAUCAAGUAUUUUUUAUUGCAUUUUUUUAACCUCCUAAUGAACACUAGACUGUAUGUAGACAGUGAUGUUGGGAGGCUUUUGUAGGUCUUAUCUAUACCUGAUACAUAGGGUACCCUUACUGUCCGUCUGCCUCUCAUCAUUUCACUUAAUUUUUAGUUUCUUUGCACAGCAAUCAACUUUGCAAGAAAUAACGUGUAUAUAUAUUUUUUCUAGUAUAUGAAACAAAAACACUGUACAGUUGAAACUUUGUUUUGCUUUAUUUUUAAGCUAAGGACGACCCAAUUAUUUAAUUUAAUUUUUCUAAAAAAAAAAAAAAAAAAAAUUCAAUAAAAAAAAAAAAUCUGCUAAAUUAUUGAAGCCAACACUGCAUCAUUUGCCUUGAUGGGCAUGCAGCAUAUUGGCUUGAAACUGUGAAACUUGAGUGUCUGGAGGUUAUAAAUGCGUUUUGCAUUUUAUAUAGAUUGUCACUUUACAUUUUAUUUUUGGGACGGGAGGGGCACCGGGAAUUUUUUUUAAAACAUUAUGUAGAUAGACUGUGGUACUUUUUUGACACAUUAUUAAAAAAAAAAAAAAAAGCUGUAUUAUUUUCUUCAGCUGAGUUCGUGAUGAUUGUAACAAUAUUAAUGCGUGUUUUAUUAUUAUUAUUCUUGUUACUUUUGCAACGUCCCUAGGCAACCUGCUUGCUAUGUGCACCCAGCCAUAUAAAUGCCUGCAUGUAUGUAGCAUAUUCUGCUUUGUCUUAUUCAUGCAUCUCAUUUUUCUUUGCAUUCUUUACUGCCAUCAUUUUUCCUCCUUAGUAUCCCUUGUUCCAUAUUCUUAUAUUUUGCCAGACAUAAGAGGCAUGACUCGUCAAAAUCUAAUUUUUAGAAACCAACAUUUUCAUAUUGAUAAAGUUUUCUUAAUCAGGUUUAGAAACCAAUAUUUUCAUAGUAAUAAAGUUAUCUUAAUCAAGUUUAAUGAUAUCAGUCUUCAUCAAUUUUCUUUCUUUCAUUCUUUCUUUUUCUUUGCAUCAAUUUUCUUUCUUUUUCUUUCUUUCAAUUGCUGCCUUAAGUUCCACUUAAUCUGUUUCUUCCAUUCUCUUCAAAACAUGCACAGAUCACAUUUUCUUAUAGCAUAUUUUCUUCUCUUUUGAUAAUCAGCUUUUUUUCUUGUGUGAAAUGUGCAUCUCUGUCUGCACUGAGAAGCCCAAAAGGGUGAAGAUUUUUCAGCAAUUUAUUUCUCUAUAUAAUAGUCUUGAAAGUCAUUUGAAUGUAGGAUGUGUUCAGCCGCUUUCUGAGUGGUCCGUGUAUAGUGAAUUCAGAAUUUUCUUGCUUUAACUUACUGCCUUUUUUGUGCUAGGGCUGGGGCAGUUGUGUUUUGACAACCACUAUUCCUAAAUGGACCGCAUUAUGUACAACCCUUCUGUCAGGAACUUAAUUUGAGCUCAGAAAUUUCUUUGAAAAGAUUAAACACUUAUUUGUGAAAAGGGUCGUCUCAUUGAAUGGAUAGUUGCUAAACUGGGAAAUUUGUAUUGGCCAAUUUAAUGGACAAUUAAUUCAACUGAAUAAGAUCUUUAAUGUUGGAAUACACUGCGGUUUAAUCUGAAUGCUCUGUUAUUUAAUACCUCAUCACAGGAUUAUGUGUUCAGUAUAGCCAUGCAGAUAAUAUACAUACUGUUGCUUUGAAAUACAUGUGUUCUGAAUCAUGGUUAUUAGUCCAUGUGCAGUCUGCACAUCAGAGACUAUAGGGCCCCUCACAGGAAAACACAAGCUACACCUAGAGAGAUGUUGAUGGGUGUUUCAUAUUUAAAUUACCAGUGAAUGUACAUGAACAUAUUCCACUAGCAGCUCAGUGUCUUUUUCUAUUUGCCAAGCAUAGUGUAUUUGGGACUUUCAGUUCUGUCAACCAGUUCAAUCAAUAUGGCAGAUUCUCCUGGUGGCCCCAGAUGUUUAUUUCCUGCUUUAUUGAUGUGUAAAUAUUUAUAGAAUAUUCAGUAAACAAAAAUUGACAUUGUCUCAGCCCUUGUGUGUAUAUGUUUUGUAUGUGUGUGUGCCUAUAUCUGUGGACUUUCUUUCAUUCACCCCCUCCUUUUUUCCUCACUUCUUGGGGUUGCAGUUAAGUACAGAUUAUUAAGUUCAUUGGUAAAACUGCACAAGUUUUUGUUUAAAGUGACUGCCGCAUGAAUCCUCACACUGUCGUUUUUAAAGUUUUCACUCUUUUUUCACUGCUGUUUUAACUUUCCCUUAACACACGCAUUUCUUACACAACCCUAAUCUAGUGGUAUUUGGCUCAUUGCUCUAAUUAACCACACCAUUCUACUUGACACUUAAAACAUAUUUGUCUGUUUAUUACAGAUCACUUUAGCAAAUGUAUGAUAAGCACCAUGCUAUAAGUGAUAUUGGUCUGUCCUGUAAACAGUUGCUCCCUGGUCAGCAGUUGGAUAAGAACUGAAAUUUUGCUUUAUCUGCAAAUACUACUGAAAUGAAGGUUGACUUUUCUGUUGUACAUCUAUGGGAAGGUCAUAAAAUAUAUGCUGUGUAGAGUUGCCUCACUAGUGUGCUGUCUGGUGCUUCUCCUAAGCAUUAAUUGCAAACUCUGAAUGUCCAUAAUGUUUCCUCCACAGGCAUUCAAGUGCAGGGCUUUUACUGUGUCACUGAAGACCAAGUGGAGCUUGUGUGUCUUACUACUUUUGUUUACGGCUGUCUUGGGUGCUGACAAUGGAGUUGAAAUUAUGACAAGGUCUUCCGUGUAGAUGUUUACAUUUUAUAGCAUCUCUAAUACACGUAGUGUGGAACUCCUUUAUGAGAGACACUAGUUUCAGGCCAAACCCACUUAAUCAGUGGAGCAUGAUUGCCCCCACAUGGACAUACAUCUGUGUUGUAAGUAGACAUGCAUAAGUUAGAUUCAGAAUUGGUUGGCUGAGUAAGGUUUUGCCAACAUUUACUUACAGUAAAUGUCCCGUUUAAUUUUGACAACUUUUUUUUUUGGCAGCACCUGUUUAGUUUCUACAGUGAAUUGCCAAGUAAAAAGAAGGAGGCCAUAGAUCUUAAAUGCACAGUUCUCCACUAUCAGCAGAAGUAAGAGAUUACCUUGUGAUGUCUGUUGUUGGUGUAGAGGUUGCUUGCUUGCUUUUCUUCUUACGUCUAAUGUAGAAUAACCACUUUUCACGCCAUUUCCACUUAUGCCAUUUUCAAACAGCACUUCUAAAAGUGCCUUUGGAUUGCACAUACCUGUUUUUGGACUUGAGAGUGGUGCUUUUGAUAUCAUAUCCUAGUGAGGAGAUUUUAAAUAUAUCUGCAUGUAUGAAUUUGUAUUUUUCAUCUGGAAGUAUUGGGGAGAACCUUUGUGCAUGGUCUUCUAGCCAUGUCUAACUAAGACAAAAAAAGAAGCAGCGCAGAGUCUUCUGCAAUUGGCCAUUUAAAGUUUGGGAACAAUGGCAGUCUAUGUCUGUUAAAGCUAAGCUUUUCUACCUUUAAAUGCACAUUGCAUCAUAUCUUUUUUCUAGAUGGCAAUUUGCUGUGAAAGCAGCAACAGUAAAAGCAUUGAAAAGCUGCUUUUAAUUUAGAUGUGAGAAGGGUGCAGUAUUUAAUAUGGCAAUCCCCAAACCAAAGUAUUUAUAAAAAUACCUACUUACUGAGCCAAGUGACAUACAUGUUUGGUUUUACAAAAUGUUGUUUUUUUUUUUUUUUUAAAUGAGGAAUUGGGAACAAAGGGGGUGAAAGCACAUGGUUAGUGGAGAAAACCCAGUGUGCUGGAAGAGGUGCUUGUGUUGACUGAACAUAACUUAAAUAUUUAAAAGAAAAAAGUCUUUUAACAUACUGAAUUGUGAUGUUGAUUAAUGAUGUUCUUAUGUCUUGUGCUUUUUUAACUGAGCUAUACUUCAAAACAUUAUAUAUAUAUAUAUAUAUAUAUAUAUAUAUAUAUAUAUAUAUAUAUAUAAUCUCACUCACCUCCAAGGUUCUGGUGCUUUUUCCUGUGUAAAAGCCUUAGCUGGAAAAUGUGACUGCUCAAUUUUUUAAUCACUAAAUACAGAUGCAAAUCUAAACAAUUGUAAAAUGAAAACAAAAAUGAAAAAUAAAACAAAAACAAAGGAUCAUCUGGAAAAUUUGCAAACCAUGCCUGUUAACUUUCAUUUGUUUAGAAAUGCCACUUUAGUUGUAUGGCAUUGGUUAAUACAAAAAAUAUAAUGUGUACAGACCUUGGCCAUAAUUAAGUUUGCAUGGACAUCAGAUGCCUUAAUAUCAGCUUGCUUCCCCGAACUUCCUGAAUAUACAGAGUAAUGGAGUUUUCUUUAUGGUUUGAUUAACUUUCCAGCAGGUGGCAGCAUUGUACAAAAAUGCUUCAGUCUCUCCUGGGUCUGUUUUGCCACAAAAGUGAAGGAAUUGGAAAUGUGGCUGGUUUGCUGAAUUUUUAAGAUGGUCCUGCUCACCCCAAACCUAUUUAGGGGAUAUUGGAAUGGAUGCUUUUGAUAUUUUUUUAAGAGUAUGUCACUGGAACUUUUUCUAACAGAUUAUAAAAUGAAUUAAGUACCUAAUAAAGGAAAGAAGAGACUGAAGAUUGUAAUGUGUUUGUGCCAACAAAUAAACACCAGUGUUUCUCAAAACUAAAAA